AUGGCGCUAGCUGCGCAGCAUUUGUGCACCGCCGCCGUCAGUGUCAGCCAGUUUGCCGUGGCAUACGGAGCUCCAUCGCAGUCUUUAACACUGGUAGCAUGCCGCGACAGCGUGGACGUGAACCGUCUGGACUUCAAACAGAAAAUCAUCAACUUAGACGGGACGCCGAUAAAACUGCAGAUAUGGGACACGGCGGGCCAGGAGCGGUUCCGUACUCUAACGACGGCCUACUACCGCGGCGCCAUGGGCAUCCUCCUCAUGUAUGACGUCACCAGCAUGGAGUCCUUCAACCACCUGUCGUACUGGCUGCGAAACAUACAGGAGAACGCAUCCCCGGAUGUGGUGAAAGUUCUCGCCGGCAACAAGUGUGACGCGGUGGCUGAGAGGGCGGUGGAUGCGGAACGUGGCCAGAAGAUUGCUGAAAACUUUGACAUGCCAUUUUUUGAAGUUUCAUGCAAACAGAACAUAAACAUCGAAGAAGCAUUCCUGACGUUAGCCAGGAGAAUACGAGAGCAGCGGGAGCGCAGGGCGAGCCUCUUUGACAGCAACGAGAAGUCCGAAGGCUCCAAAGUGGACCUGAGCAAGUCGAAACUGCCCGCCGGAGCAGAGUCGUGGCGCUGCGGCUGCUAG